AUUCCUCCCCUGCCUGUUGUGGACCUCCCGUCCAGGUAUCUACACAAGAGCACAUUUGGUACUAGUGUGGGAGUUCUUACCAGGAAUAGGCUCACGGCGCAUCUCUCUCUGCUCAACCCCCCAUGGUAUUCCAGGGCCAUAUGUUCACAACUUCUUGGAGCUCUUUUCUCUCCCUUCGCCUCAGUUGUGGCCUCAUCGUCCGCAUCCGUCUUGAUAUAUGAACCUACAUCCUCACCUCUGCUCCAUCUCGUUAUAUAGACUCUGGUGUGCCCUCCACGUCUCCAGCCCGUUGCUCGACAAUCAAACCCGAUCAACAUAUUCCACCACGUACUAAUCAUAUAACCCGCUCUAAAGCCCUACGCAUUUUAUUCUCCUUCUCAUUCUCAUUCUCAACAGAUAGAGCUACCUGCCUCUGAACGAUACAGUGACAGCACACCUCCUAGACCCAGGCCCCGAACCAAAUCCAGAGUUUCUAGCGCUAGACGCGCCGCAUUGAUGGCUCCGAUGGCUGCUACCGUUGAUCCAAUAAACUGCAUUGAGCCCAUCAACGUCGAUAAGGCCAAUGGGAUUCACGCAGAAAACAACGGCGCUCAUGUAAACGGCCACAAUGGCCACAAUGGCCACAAUGGCUCAACUCCCAGACAGAACGGCUUCUCGCCUGCCUCGACAGACUCACGCCCUCCCACGUCGUCAUCUCGUUCGUAUCAAGAGGAUACCCCGUCCAACGGGAUCAGAUACAGCAGAUCCCAUAGAAUCCCGACGUUCGGCAUCCAUGAAGAGGAUAACGGUCCCAGGUCUAGGGGCUAUGCGAACAUCCGCACAUAUGCUGAUGAUGCUCGAAGACAGUACCCCCGUAUCUCAAAGCCCGUCGAGUUGAUGCGCAGCAGCUAUGACUGUGUUGUCAUCGGCUCGGGCUACGGCGGUGCGGUUGCUGCAUCCCGUCUUGCCCGCUGCAAAGAUGCGAACGGGAAGCGCCAGUCGGUCUGUGUACUGGAACGAGGCCAGGAGAAGUGGCCUGGCGAAUACCCCACCGGAGUUCUCGAUGCUUUCGACGAGGUCCACGUCUCUGGCGAGUUCGCCCCUGGGUGGCUUCCAAGUACCACCGUUGAAAGGGGUGACCCGACGGGCAUGUAUCACUUGAUAUUUGGAAAGGGGCUCAACGCAGUUGUCGGCAACGGCCUCGGAGGAACUAGUCUGAUGAACGCUAACGUCUUCCUCGAGGCGAACGAGGCCACCCUGUCCAUGCCUAUCUGGCCAAAGGCCAUCAGGGAGGACCCCGGAAGUCUCAAGAAGUUCUACCAGAGAGCCAGGGAGGUUCUCGAGCCCACCGAGUAUCCAGACGAUUGGCCUGAACUUCCCAAAGUUAAGCUCUUCAAGAAACAAGCUGCUGCUCUUGGCCUUGCGAACAAGUUCAAAAUGGUUCCCCAAACGACCAGAUUCCGAAAUGGCCCCAACAGCACUGGCGUGGAGAUGUCCCCAUCAGCUUUGACCGGCCAGGACUGCACUGGUCUCAACGACGGCUCCAAGACGACUACUCUGGUGACAUACCUGGCAGACGCCUGGAACUGGGGCGCAGAGAUGUUUUGCGAGAGCGAGGUCCGAUACAUCAAGAAGGCCGACCCCAGUGUCGGUGGUUACCUUAUCUUUUUCGCCUGGCAUGGCCGCAACAGGGGUCACUUCAAAGCAAACCUCCAUGGCGACUUGAUGUGGGUUCACGCCAAAGAGUGUGUCUUCCUGGGCGCCGGUGCCAUCGGCAGUACCGAAAUUCUACUCCGUAGCAAGGAGAUGGGUCUGCCAAUGAGCCCACGCGUUGGCGAGAACAUGAGUGGCAACGGCGACAUGCUGGGCUUCGGAUACAACAUGGACGAAGAAGCGAACGCAAUCGGAACUCCCUUUCCGAGUCCGUAUAACCCGGUCGGUCCCACGAUUAACUCCAUCAUUGAUGAUCGUGAGGGGCACGAGAACCCGCUCGAUGGAUACGUGAUCCAGGAGGGCGCGAUUCCCCGGUCAAUGACACCAUUCCUCCAAACACUGUUGGAGAUGAUGCCCGGAAACAUCGAGGCCACUGGGGAGUCACUGAAUGAGAGAGUGCGUUCCGCCUUCGCCCGAUAUUCAAGCCACUUGUUCGGCGCCUACCGCCAGGGCGGAUCAAUGGACAACACGCAGGUCUACCUGGUCAUGUCCCAUGACAGCAGCCAGGCGAUGCUCACUCUCAAGGAUGACAAGCCGGUUCUCGAGUUCCUCGGCGUCGGACGCAGCGAUCAUGUCCGGAAGCUCAACGACUUGUUGGCCAAGGCCACCCAAGCUGUUGGCGGAACAUUUGUCAACAACCCAUUCCAUGCCUUGAUGGGAGGUCAACAGGUGACUGUUCAUCCUAUCGGUGGGGCAUGUAUGGCUCGAGAUGACACCGGUGCCACCGGCGUGACGAACGAUGUCGGCGAGGUAUUUGCCGGGGACGAGGACGAAACCCACCCUGGUCUGAUUGUGACUGAUGGUUCCGUUAUUCCUGGCGCCAUCGGUGUUAACCCCUUCGCCACUAUCACGGCCCUCGCUGAGCGUUCUGUCGACGCCUACAUCCACAGGAAGAACCUCAAGAUCCACCCCAACAAGAACGGCAUCCUGGACCUUUUUGGCGAGCCCAAGUUCGCACCAAAGGACAACCGAGACACGGAAAAGCUCAGCGUCGAGUCACAGAAGAUCCACGAGGCAAAGUCGCUGAUCCAUCACGCCAGCAGGUCAAAGGCAGGGGGCUUUGGCUUCACUGAAGUCAUGUCAGGAUUCGUCCACCGUGAUGACGGACUAGUGGCCGACAAGCGCGCCACCUAUGAGCUGGCUUACCGGACGGCCAAGAGCCUGUGCGAGAGCGCGAGGUUCUUCCUUAGCGUCCAGGCCUUCAACACGAAGUCCAUGAUUAAGGAGCCGGAUCACUCGGCCAUGUUGACGGGAACCUUUGUCUGUCCCACCAUCCGCGGGUCUCCGUUCAUGGUUCAGCGAGGCGACUUUAACCUCUUCAUUCUCGAUCAGAAGGCUCCCGGAACCCGGAACAUGACCUACGACUUUGACCUGCGAGGCGUCAACGGCGAGAAGUAUCACUUCCAUGGGUACAAGGUUGUCGAUUCUUCCGUCGCGCUGGCCCCGUUCCAGUUCUGGAAGGCCACCAGCACCCUCUACGUCACCGUCUCCGAGCCGAACCGCAGUCUGGAUGUCACCGAGGAUUGCGAGGAACCGUGGCGUCUCGGAAGGGUCAUCGCCAAGGGCAUCAUGCACAUCCAGCCUGCCGACUUCGUCUCCCAGAUCAUGACCAUGACGCCGACGGGCAGCAGUCUCAUCAGGAAGGCGUACAGCGCGGCGAGCUUCUUGACCUACUUCACCCGCAAGUCGCUGUCUCUCUUCCUCGCGCCCUUCACCCCUCUGCAGUACCCCAGCGUCACCUACAACGGUUACGUCAACGACACACCCCCGACCGCGUCGUUUGUCAUCGUCGCCCGCGACGGCGUCAAGACGCGGAUGCACAUGUGGGAGCCGACAAACCCUAGCAUCGAGCCCAAAAACCUCUUCAUGAUCCCGGGUGCCGCUGUGGACCAUCAGAUCUACGCGCUGCCCACGAUCAAGUAUAACGCGGUCAACUACUUCACGCGCGCUGGCUACCGCGUCUUCAUCGCAGUCCACCGCAUCGGCCAGCUGAUGGUCGCCCAGAACAACUGGACAACCUACGACGCUCGGCUCGACAUGCAGGCUUGCCUAGAGUACAUCCGUGAGAAGUACGCCGAGGGUAAUUCUCCGGACAACAAGGUCUACUGCAUCGCCCACUGCAUGGGCAGCGUCGCCUUCUCGUGCGGCCUCCUUGACGGCACCAUCCCCUCGAGCUGGGUUCACGGCAUCACUGGUAGCCAGGUCUUCAUGAACCCCAUCUGGACGACCCUCAACAUGGCCAAGGUCAUGGCGGGCCCGAUCCCGCUCGACAGGAUGUAUAAGAUGGUGCUAGGCAACUGGUUCUCCUGCAGCACGGCCAAGGACGACAGCUUACUCCAGCGGGCCCUCAACGAGGCGUUGCGGCUGUACCCGGAGGAGAGGAAGGAGAUCUGUAACAACGCCAGCUGCCAUCGUUGCACGCUCGUCUUCGGCCGGUGCUGGAACCACAGCAAUCUCAACGAGGCAACGCACAGGCAGAUUGACCGCUUUUUCGGUGGCGUCAACAUGACACAGUUGCACCUCCUCAUGAAGCAGGGGUUCGAGGGCCACGUUAUGACCAACGGCCCGCUCUUCCGGCCUCUCACAACGACGGAGAACAUCCGCAGACUCAGGGGCAUCCCCGUCAUGCUCUUCGUCGGGCGCGACAACGCCGUGCUAACCCCCGAGGCGACAGAGCGCACGUACGAGAUCCUGUGCGACACGUUCGGGUCCCACGGCGGAGAUGGCCGGAAGGGGCUGCAGUAUCGUCGCCGCGUCGUCCCCGGGUACGGCCACCUAGACUGCUGGAUGGGCCGUAACGCGUGGAAGGACGUGUAUCCCUUUGUCAGGGAGGAGGUCGACCGUGUCGUCCGCGGGGAGGAUUACCACUUUGACGACCCCGAGGACAAGUUCUCCCGCAUGGUGGACAGUGGCGAGCUUCUGUACUAGGUAGAUGGAUGUCUUGGGGAUCUUCGUUGUCAGUAACACUUGGUUUGUUAGGCGUCUCCUCCCGUUAGGAGGCGGACGUUGAUUGUAUCGAUACCCUCGCCCAUUUCCUCGGUUCGCUUGGGCAAGGGUAUGUAACGGGGGAAAAAAGAGGGGGUUAGGGCGUUAGGGGCCAAGGAGCACAUGAGAAAAGAAAAACACGCUGGGUUUCCCUCAGUAGACGAAAUGAGGGGGUUUGUCACUCGCUUUUUCUUCUUCCACAAUGGGAUGGAGUUUCGGGGGUGGAAAAAUUCGUCGUAAGAAAAACGGGAGCUGCGCUUCCAAUGUUAAAAAUCCACAUCAUUCAUCCAUUCGUUGCUUCAGCUGAGAUCAAGAGCCCAGUAUCGCAAAAGGAUUCAAGUAUUGUACAAACUCCCCGAUACCAAGUCCCGGUUCAUGGUCACAUUAACACCGCCGCCAUCCCCUUUGUCGGAUGGUGGCUGCCCUGUUCUUUGAAGGAAGACAGUAAAAAGAUGACACAAAAAUAUUUAUACACGCCCACGGUUCCGCGUCAAAACAUCUCGGCGAGGGGCUUGACGUAGUUUGCUUCCAGCGCAUCCCAGUCGACCUCGCCGGCGGCGCGCUCAGUCAUCGGCGGCGGCGCCCAGGCGUCGUCAAAGACGAGCCGCGUGUCGUCGCGGUAGAUGAAGCUCUGGCGGUGCCACUCCUCCUCGUUGGGCGCCUCGACCCGCCCCAGCGCGAUGUCGAGCUGCUCCACCGAGGCGGCAUCGUCGUCCUCAUCGCCCCACGCAAUCCAGGCUGUCGUCGUCCGGCCACCCUCGGCGUCGACUUUGUGCGAAGACUGGCCCCACUCGAACGUGCCGUUGGUGAGCUCCGGUGCCGUGAUCUCAACGACCUGGCCCCUCCGUCGCUUGUGCUGGUGCGUCGCCGUGGACGAGGUCGAGGCCACGACGCGGGUGAGCUUCACCUCGAACACGCCCUUUGUCGUCGCGAAGCCGCCCCUCGCGAAGGCGAGCCAUUUCGAGAGGUGGGGGCGGACGGUCCACUCGGCGCCGGCGGGGGCGAGGAGCUGGAUGCCCAGGACCUCGGACGUCAGCACGCUCGUCGGGCCCGAGGACCACCCGUGGCAGUGGGAGUUGCGGGCCGCGGACCAGUAGGCCGGGUACUGCACGCCGCCGUCGACCAUGAAGCCCUCGGCGAGGGUGCUGUUUGUGAAGCCGGGCCCGUCGAGGAGGUAGGACCACUCGAGGAGCAUCAGCUCGACGGCCGCGUCGUGGUCGUCGGCGGCGGCGUGGGCGAGCAGCUCGAACGACGACACAAAGGGGGAGAUGACGUUGGGGAACUCGACGGCCGGCGCGCCAUGCUUCGUCCACCGUGACUGCAGGUUGCCCGACACCACGGCGCGUCG